AUGUGGUUUGGAAGAGAUGAAAAACAAGGUGUCACCGACAAUGACAAAAACUCCCUUGGAGAAAAGAUCAUCAACAAGGGCUCCACUGAAGAAGGUGAUUUAUUCAACGACACUUCCAGCAUUAGUACCGACAAAGCGUCUAGCGUAGGUGGCGUUGGCCAUACGAAAAGAACAUUAUACAAUAGGCAUUUGCAACUCAUAGCCAUCGGUGGCUCUAUUGGUACCGGUUUGUUUGUGACAAUUGGUACUACUGGUUUGGUUAAUGGUGGACCGUUGGGUUUAUUAUUAUCGUAUUGUAUAUCGACGUUAUUGAUUCUCUUGUUGACUACAGCAACUGGAGAAAUGGUGCUGUACUUGCCGCUAGAUGCCCCUUUCCUUAAUAUGGCCGGUCGAGUUAUUGAUCCUGCAUUUGAAGCAGCCGUAUCAGUGAAUUUUUGGAUCAUGCAGAGUCUCUACAUCCCCUUUGAAAUUACUGCUGUGAAUGGUAUAAUUCACUUUUGGCGUGACGAUUACUCACCAGCAAUCACAUUUGUCAUUCAAAUUGCCAUUUACGCCGCCAUCAACUUGUAUGCGGUUCGAGUAUUUGGUGAAUGUGAGUUUUGGUUCUCUUUGGCAAAGUUGAUUCUAUGUAUUGGAUUGAUGUUUUUCACUUUGGUCACAAUGUGUGGCGGAAACCCGCAACAUGAUGCAUUUGGUUUUAGGAAUUGGCAUGUGGCAGGCGGGCCCAUAGGAAUGAAGUAUGCAACUGGGAGUUUGGGAAGAUUUCAAGGCUUUUUAGCUUCGCUUAGAUUGUCCAGUACUUUUACUUGCGUUGGUAGUGAAUACUUGAGUAUGACUGCGGGUGAGUGUAUCAACCCCAGAGUCAACAUGCCCAUUGCCUUUCGAACUGUGUUGUAUCGGUUGGUGGCAUUUUACAUUGGAGGUGCUUUAUCAGUUUCAAUUUUGAUAGCUUACAAUGACCCCAAAUAUGUCGCAUUGACGUCGGACACUUCAAGCGCUGCUUCUUCUCCAUACGUUGUUGCCAUGCAAAACUUGGGAAUUCAGGUGCUACCCCACAUUGUCAAUGCAGUGGUGCUAACAUCGGCAUUUUCAGCUGGUUGUUCGUACACAUAUACCUCCUCGAGAAGUUUGUACAACUUGGCCAAAAAGGGGUUUGUCCCAAGAUUCUUUAAAAUUUGUACCAAGAGGGGUAUUCCCAUCUACUGUGUCUUUGUUUCUUGCUGUUUUGCAUUAUUGUCCUUGUUGCAGUUGGGCAAUUCUGGUAGUAAAGCUUUAAAUUAUAUGGUGAACUUGUGUACGGGAGCACAAGUCCUCAACUAUGGAUUCAUGGGUAUCAUUUACAUUGGAUUUUAUCAUGCAGUUAAAGCACAAGGGAUUGAUCGAUCCAAAUUCCCUUACAGAUCCUGGUUUCAACCGUAUUCAAUCUAUUUUACCACGUUCAUAUAUUGGUGUAUUAUUGGUUGUUUGGGAUAUCAAGUGUUUUUGCCGGGUAUGUGGACGGUUGAUGAUUUCUUAUUCAGUUAUGUUAUGAUAUUUGUCUCGUUAGCGGUAUUCAUUGUGUGGAAGGUGCUUAAGAGAACCAGGUUCAUCAAACCGAUAGAUGCGGACUUGACAACUGGUCUAGAUGAGAUUGAAGCGCACGAAGCUGAAUUUUAUGCACAAAUGGAGGAGAGUAGUCAGGAUGAGAAGAAGGGCAAAUGGAAGGGACUUUUGAACUGGAUAUUCUAA